UUAACUCGUUAGAGAAAAUAACUUUCUAAAUUUAGUUUCUGAAGAGAUCUUAAGUAUGGCCGGAGGAGGUUUUGCGACGGCUUCAAACGGAGUAGAGUUUGAGGCAAAGAUAACUCCUAUAGUUAUCAUCUCUUGCAUCAUGGCUGCUACUGGUGGUCUCAUGUUCGGCUACGACGUUGGUGUCUCUGGGGGAGUGACAGCGAUGCCAGACUUUCUAAAAAAGUUUUUCCCGGUGGUUCACCGGAAAGUAGAAGCCGGAGCCGACAGAGACAGCAACUACUGCAAAUACGACAACCAAGGACUACAACUCUUCACAUCAUCUCUAUACUUAGCCGGUCUAACCGCAACGUUCUUCGCUUCAUACACUACUAGAACGUUAGGACGUAGACCAACCAUGCUCAUAGCUGGCGUGUUCUUCAUCAUCGGUGUGAUUCUCAACGCCGCGGCUCAUAACCUAGCCAUGCUUAUAGCAGGGAGGAUAUUGCUUGGUUGUGGAGUUGGGUUUGCUAAUCAAGCCGUGCCCUUGUUCUUGUCGGAGAUUGCACCUACUAAGAUCCGUGGUGGUCUUAAUAUUUUGUUUCAACUUAACGUCACUAUUGGUAUCCUCUUCGCUAAUCUUGUCAACUAUGGAACUGCCAAGAUCAAGGGAGGAUGGGGAUGGAGACUGUCCUUAGGUUUGGCCGGUGUCCCGGCUCUUUUACUGACGGUGGGAGCUUUGUUGGUGACGGAGACACCGAACAGUCUUGUCGAAAGAGGUCGUCUUGAUGAAGGCAAAGCAGUUCUACGUAAGAUUAGAGGUACUGAUAAUGUGGAGCCAGAGUUUGCUGAUCUUCUUGAAGCUAGCCGCCUUGCUAAAGAAGUCAAACACCCUUUUAGAAACCUUCUUCAACGUAGGAAUAGGCCUCAGCUUGUCAUCGCUGUCGCUUUGCAGAUCUUCCAACAAUGCACUGGAAUCAACGCCAUCAUGUUCUACGCUCCUGUCCUUUUCAGCACGUUAGGGUUUGGCAGUGACGCUUCUCUCUACUCUGCAGUGGUCACCGGUGCAGUUAACGUGCUCUCCACGUUAGUCUCAAUCUACUCCGUUGACAAAGUCGGUCGUCGUGUUCUUCUCCUUGAAGCUGGAGUCCAAAUGUUCUUCUCACAAGUCGUGAUCGCAGUUAUACUCGGCAUCAAAGUCACAGACCACUCUCAAAACCUCUCCAAAGGGUUUGCGAUUCUAGUCGUGGUGAUGAUCUGCACCUACGUAGCUGCUUUCGCCUGGUCUUGGGGACCACUCGGGUGGCUAAUCCCUAGUGAGACUUUCCCUCUAGAGACACGAUCUGCUGGACAGAGUGUGACGGUCUGCGUCAACCUCCUCUUCACUUUCAUUAUCGCUCAGGCUUUCCUCUCGAUGUUGUGUCAUUUCAAGUUCGGGAUCUUCCUCUUCUUUUCUUCGUGGGUCUUGGUGAUGUCUUUCUUUGUGAUGUUCCUACUUCCUGAGACUAAGAACAUUCCUAUCGAGGAGAUGACUGAGAGAGUGUGGAAGAAGCAUUGGUUUUGGGCUAGGUUUAUGGAUGAUCAUCACGAUGAUCAAGUGUUCAGUGGUGUAAAUGGCAAGAAGAGUAACGGUAAAUCUAACGGUUUUGACCCUUCAACACGGCUCUAAACCAAACUAGAAGCGAGAGAAACACCAAAUAGUUGUAAGAAAAUACACUCUACUUAAGGUUUACUUCAAGCUGAGUUUGUGUAUAGGUAAAGUACUUAAUUAAUGUCUCAUCCAACAAGUGUUAUGUUCUGUUUUUGUUUUCAAGAGAGUGAAUGUAUAUUUUUAAGUCCAAAGUUUGUAAUUUGUUUAAUUUCUACAAGGCAUUUUCCCCAAAAGUGAAGAUGUAGGCUAUGUUAGUGGGUAUAAAUUGGGUUUGUUAUGGGCAUAGUAUGGCCAUUAA